AUGAGUGGGCUACGGGGCGCCAGGACCUGCCCAGGUCCGGGAGAAGCCUCCGACCUUAAGUCCCCCCUGGGCGCCAAGUUCAGGGAACCUCUCACCGAGACCCGGUUCCAGCAGCUCUUCGGAGACGCAGAGCAGGAGCCCGAGCUGCUCGCGGAGCCGCGCUGGUCCAGGCUGUGGCGACGGCGGGCCCGCGUCUGCUCCGGACCGGGGGCGUGGCGCCUGCUGCUGGCGCGGCUGCCCCCGCUGCGCUGGCUGCCCCACUACCGCUGGCGGGCCUGGCUGCUCGGGGACGCGGUGGCCGGACUGACCGUGGGCAUCGUGCACGUGCCCCAGGGCAUGGCUUUCGCCCUCCUGACCUCUGUGCCCCCAGUGUUCGGACUCUACACUUCCUUCUUUCCCGGCCUCAUCUACACCUUGCUGGGUACUGGGAGACACCUGUCCACUGGAACUUUCGCUGUCCUCAGCCUCAUGACGGGCUCGGCCGUGGAGCGGCUGGUGCCCGAACCCCUCUCGGGGAACCUGAGCGGAAUUGAGAGGGAACAGUUGGAUGCUCAGCGGGUUGGCGCGGCUGCGGCAGUGGCCUUCGGGAGCGGGGCCCUGAUGCUGGGGAUGUUCGCGCUGCAGCUGGGCGUCCUGGCCACCUUCUUGUCGGAGCCUGUCGUCAAAGCGCUGACCAGCGGGGCCGCCCUGCACGUGCUGGUGUCACAGCUGCCUAGCCUUUUGGGGGUGCCCCUCCCACGGCAGAUUGGCUGCUUCGCCCUUUUCAAGACGCUGGCCGCCGUGCUGACGGCGCUGCCCCGGAGCAGUGCCGCCGAACUGACCAUCUCGGCGCUCAGCCUGGCGCUGCUCGUGCCGGUCAAGGAACUGAACGUGAGACUCAGAGACAGGCUCCCCACCCCCAUCCCGGGGGAAAUCGCCAUGGUGCUUCUGGCCUCUGUGCUCUGCUACACCUCUUCCCUGGACACAAGAUACAAUGUCCAGAUAGUUGGGUUGCUGCCCAGAGGAUUUCCCCAACCUCUCCUCCCCAGCCUGGCUGAGCUGCCCAGGAUUCUGGCCGACGCGCUGCCCAUGGCGCUGGUCACCUUUGCGGUGUCUGCCUCCCUGGCCUCCAUCUAUGCCGACAAGUACAGCUACACUAUUGACUCCAACCAGGAGCUCCUGGCCCACGGCGUCUCCAACCUCGUCUCCUCCCUCUUCUCUUGCUUUCCCAACUCUGCCACCUUGGCUACGACCAGCCUCCUAGUGGAUGCUGGUGGGAACACACAGCUGGCGGGCCUCUUCUCCUGCGUGGUCGUGCUGUCUGUGUUGCUGUGGCUGGGGCCCCUCUUCCACUAUCUGCCCAAGGCUGUCUUGGCCUGCAUCAACAUCUCCAGCAUGCGCCAGAUGUUCUUCCAGAUGCGAGAACUCCCUCAGCUGUGGCGCAUCAGCCGCGUGGACUUUGCUGUGUGGACGGUCACAUGGGUGGCUGUCGUUACCCUGAGAGUGGACCUGGGCCUGGCUGUAGGCGUGCUCUUCUCCCUGAUGACUGUGGUCUGCCGCACCCAGAGGGUACAGUGCCUGGCACUUGGACUGGCUGAGGGGACAGAGCUCUACAGGCCACUCAGAGAGAGCCACAAGCUCCUCCAGGUUCCGGGGCUCUGCAUCCUGAGCUAUCCAGCACCGCUUUACUUUGGGACCCGGGGGCAGUUUCGCCGCAUCCUGGAGUGGCAUCUGGGGCUUGGAGAAGGAGGCAAGGAGGCUCCAAAGACAGAUGGCCCACCUGGUGCAGUUGCCGAGCCUGUCAGGGUGGCGGUCCUAGACUGCAGUGGUGUCACCUUUGCAGACGCUGCAGGGGCCAGAGAGGUGGUUCAGCUGGCCAGUCGAUGCCGGGAUGCUGGGAUCCACCUCCUCCUGGCUCAGUGUAACGCCUCAGUGCGGGGGACGCUGACCCAGGCAGGACUCCUGGACAGAGUGACCCCAGAACAGCUGUUUGUGAGUGUCCAGGAUGCGGCUGCGCACGCCCUGGAGAGGCUGGAGCUCAAUGGCCCAAAGACUUGCACAGUGUGGGUCUGA